AUGGUUCUUCAGGAUCUCGGACGCCGCAUCAAUGCGGCCGUGUCAGAUUUGACACGGGCGCCAAAUAUCGACGAGAAGGCCUUCGACUCGAUGCUCAAGGAGAUUGGCAAUGCCCUCGUCGAAGCAGACGUCAACGUCAAGCUUGUCGCCCAGCUGCGCAAAUCCAUCAAGUCCACCGUCAACUUCAAGGAGCUGCCGCCCGCCGUCAACAAGAAACGCCUCAUCCAAAAGACCGUCUUCGACGAGCUCGUCCGCCUCGUCGACCCCCAUGCCGAGCCCUUCAAGCCGAAAAAGGGCAAGACCAACGUCAUCAUGUUUGUGGGUUUGCAGGGCGCCGGCAAGACCACGUCCUGCACAAAACUCGCCCGCCACUACCAGAGCCGCGGCUUCAAGGCCUGUCUCGUCUGUGCCGACACCUUCCGCGCCGGUGCGUUUGACCAGCUGCGCCAAAACGCCACCAAGGCCAAGAUCCCCUACUACGGCUCUCUCACCGAGACGGACCCCGCCGUCGUCGCGCGCGACGGCGUCGACAAGUUCAAGAAGGAGCGCUUCGAGGUCAUUAUUGUCGAUACGUCCGGCCGCCACCGGCAGGAGUCGGCCCUGUUCCAGGAGAUGAUGGACAUCCAGGAGGCCGUCAAGCCCGACGAGACCAUCAUGGUGCUCGACGCCACCAUUGGCCAGCAGGCCGAGGCGCAGGCCAAGGCCUUCAAGGAGGCGGCCGAUUUCGGCGCCAUCAUCAUCACCAAGACCGACGGCCACGCCAAGGGCGGCGGCGCCAUCUCGGCCGUUGCUGCGACGCACACGCCCAUUGUGUUUCUGGGCACGGGCGAGCACAUGCUCGACCUCGAGCGGUUCGCGCCCCAGCAGUUUGUGCAGAAGCUGCUGGGCAUGGGCGACAUGGCGGGCCUCGUCGAGCACGUGCAGUCGCUCAAGCUCGACCAAAAGGACACCAUCAAGCACAUCACCGAGGGCAUCUUCACGGUGCGUGACCUGCGCGACCAGCUGUCCAACAUUAUGAAGAUGGGGCCCCUGUCCAAGAUGGCCGGCAUGAUCCCCGGCAUGAGCAACAUGAUGUCCGGUAUGGACGACGAGGAGGGCAGCGCCAAGCUGAAGCGCAUGAUUUACAUUUGCGACUCCAUGACCGACAAGGAGCUCGACUCGGACGGCAAGCUCUUCCUCGACCAGCCGAGCCGCAUGACCCGCGUCGCCCGCGGCUCCGGCACCUACGUGCGCGAGGUCGAGGACCUGCUGACCCAGCAGCGCAUGAUGGCCGGCAUGGCCAAGAAGAUGGGCGGCAACAUGAAGAACAUGCAGCGCGCCCAGCAGGCCAUGGCCGGCCCCAACAAGCAGCAGCAGCUCGCCGCGAUGCAGAAGCGACUGCAGAGCAUGGGUGGUGCCGGUGCCGGCGGCGGCGGCGGCGGCGGCGGCCUGGGCGGUAUGAUGCCGGACAUGGGCAGCCUCAUGAAAAUGCUGGGCGGUGGCGGCGGCGGCAUGCCCGACAUGGGCGGCAUGGACAUGCAGGCGAUGAUGCAGCAGAUGGGCAUGGGCAUGGGCGGCGGCGGCGGCUCGCCGGCAGCCGGCCGUGGUGGUCGCCGGAAGUAG